CUGACACUUCUGCCGAUACCACCACUGCUGCCUCUGCUACUCUGCUCUCCCCGGAGGCUCCUCCCCCAGGUGGGCUGCCCCAGGAAGCCUCCGGCGCCCGCCUCUGUCUUGGCAGGAAGAAGAAGAAGUAGCAGAAGGAGGAGGAGGAAGAGGGGAGUCGACCACACAGGAAGGACAUUGCGGGGCAGGAAGCAGCCUCCUCCUGCCCAGCGCCUCCUGCCCAGCUGCCACCAGAAGCGGACUGCCUCCAGGGCUGGAAUCCUGUGCUCCCUCCCGCUGUGCCCAGCCCGCGCCAUGUCGACCAACGCCACGGCGCAGCUGCUCUGCCCGAUCCUAGAGGACAUGACUCGCCUCCAGAAGCACAGCAACUCCAGCAUCCGCUACAUCGACCACGUGUCGGUGGUGCUGCACGGGCUGGCCUCCCUGCUGGGCCUGGUGGAGAACGGGCUCAUCCUCUUCCUGGUGGGCUGCCGCAUGCGCCAGACGGUGAUCACCACCUGGGUGCUGCACCUGGCGCUGUCCGACCUGCUGGCCACCGCCACGCUCCCCUUCUUCACCUACUUCCUGGCCGUGGGCCACUCGUGGGAGCUGGGCACCACCUUCUGCAAGCUGCAUUCCUCCAUCUUCUUCCUCAACAUGUUCGCUAGCGGCUUCCUGCUCAGCGCCAUCAGCCUGGACCGCUGCCUGCAGGUGGUGCGGCCCGUGUGGGCGCAGAACCACCGCACGGUGGGAGCGGCCCACAGGGUCUGCCUGGUGCUCUGGGCCCUGGCCGUGAUCAACACCGUGCCCUACUUCGUGUUCCGGGACACCAUCCCGCGGGUCGACGGGCGCAUCAUGUGCUACUACAACCUGCUGCUCCUCAAGCCCGGGCCGGACCCCGAGGCCACAUGCAACUCGCGUCAGGUGGCCCUGGCCGUCAGCAAGUUCUUGCUGGCUUUCUUGGUGCCGCUGGUCAUCAUCGCCUCCAGCCACGCGGCCGUGAGCGCCCAGCUGCGCCAACGCGGUCGCCGGCGGUCGGGCCGCUUCGUGCGCCUGGUGGCAGCCGUGGUGGCGGCCUUCGCGCUCUGCUGGGGGCCCUACCACGUCUUCAGCCUGCUGGAGGCGCGCGCGCACAGCGACAAGGCGCUGCGGCCGCUCGUGUGGCGCGGGCUGCCCUUCGUCACCAGCCUGGCCUUCAUCAACAGUGUGAUCAACCCGCUGCUCUACGUGUUCACCUGCCCCGACCUGCUGCGCAAGCUGCGGCGCUCGCUGCGCAGCGUGCUGGAGAGCGUGCUGGUGGACGACAGCGACCUCACCACGGGCAGCAGCCGCCGGCGCCGCGCCUCCUCCACCACCGCCAUCGUCCCCCGCCCGCGCAGGCCCCAGCGCCUGCUGGACUGGCUGCUUGGCGGCCGCGCCGCACCGUCGUCGGCGAAGGCCCGGGCCGGGUCCCAGGAGGAGAAGGGCCCCCUGAGCCGGGCGCCGAGCACCACCUCUGCUUAGAGGCUCGGGGCCGCCUUGCCAUUCUCACUGGAAGACAAAGGCAAAGGCAAGGCCGCGGUCCAGCACCAAAGCAUCCUGCAGGCACCACCGUUAGAACGUAGAUAGUCCAGGUCCGGCCCCAGAGCUCAGUCCGAAGGGCGGGCCCCGGGAGUCUGCAUUUUGCAGUGUCCAGUGUGACUCGGUGAAGCCUUUUCACAAAUGGGGUUAAAGCAGCCUUUGCAAACUUCACUGCGCACAGGCCCCCUGAGGAUACAGUGGGCAGAUGGGGUGCAGAGAUGCUGCAUUUCUAACAGGCUCCCAGGAGUUGACAUCAGCGCUGCUGGGCCACGGGCCACACCUGGGGGGGCCACACCUGGGGGAACGCUGGGUUAAGGCCACCUGAGACUCCCCCACCAGGGCUGCGGGCUGCCCCCACAGGCACACGGGAUGCACCUCCCUGGAGCUCAGCUUCACCAGUGACUGUGGGGAAGAGGACACUUGUACACGACACCAGGGAUGCCUUUUGGGGAUAGGCAAGUGAGAAGGGUUUGGGGAACCCUGUUCCGGUCUGGCCUCCUCCUGUGAGCCGUCUACCCAGCAUCUGUCAGGCUGGAUGUUUCAUGCCACAUUCUCGAGGGGUAGGUUGUUAGCCCCAGUUCUCACGGACUGGCACAUCAAGGUGCAGGGUUGGCAUGCUGACCGCUCAGCAUUACUUGUUCAUUGACUGUUUAAUGGCAAAACACCCUGACACACCCAAGGGAGCAAGAGAGCAACUGUGUGGGAGACUCCACCACUUCCCUCUGGCCCAGCCUUGUUCAGUGUUUACAGGGCGGGAAGAGCAAAGCCAUGCCAUGCCAUGGUCAAGGGCUUGGGAAACCAGGGCUAACCACACUGUGGUGGGCACCCUGUCUUCUCAGUCAUGAGCAUUCUAACAUGCACAGCGGCUGCCGAGAUCACAGCACGUGACGCCUCUGGGUGCCCGUGUUCUGUGGCACGCUCUGUGGGCAGGGCAGACCACCCUGAGAUCUUUGCAGCACCCACCUCCUGACCACACAGGGGUUGGCAACUGCUCCUGCUUGCAGCUGUGAGGGGCCACUGGUAUGCCUGUCACAGAAGGUCCGAAGCACCACGUCCAUCUCCUCCGCCUGCCGUGGACUCGAGGUCAGACUGGUGUUCUCGGAUCCGUAUCCCAGCACCUGGCACGGAGCUGGCGCUGGGAAAUGUUUGGUGGAUGAAACAGGACUGAAGAGCCAGGAUGAGAGACUUUCUUGGGACCUUGGUCCGGUGCUCCUUGAGCCAACCUCAGGCUGGGCACGCUGGCUUAAGGUUCACUCCCAGUCCUGGGCAGGGCCGACCCACUGCAAGGGCCCAGCGCACUGGACAGCAGCUGUCCAGCCGGCAGAACAAACAUCCCAUCAUAGCACCCUGCCCUGGUUCCCUCCAACCCCUCCCCUGCUUUACUCAUAGCAUUUUCAC